AUGAGCCUGCAGGAGGUCCUUUCGGUAUUGCUGUUGCUGGGAUGGUGCGAGAGCUACGAGAGCUACUUGUGGCGCGAAAACGACGAGAACACCAAGCUCAUCCGCAUAGCCGGCGACAUCAUCUUCGGGGGCAUCUUCCCGAUGCACGAACAGGUUGCAGGAACGGCGAACCAGUCACCCUGUGGGGCCGUCAAAGAGGAAAAAGGGAUCCAACGUUUGGAGGCCAUGUUGUACGCCCUGGACGAGAUCAACGAGGACAUCGAACUCCUGCCCAACACGACCCUGGGGGCCUUGAUCCUCGACUCCUGCAGCAGCGAGACUUACGCCCUGGACCAGAGCAUGGAGUUCGUCAGGUCUUACAUGAACCAGCGUGUAAACGACAGCUCAAUUGCAGCUCUGCGUAAAGGGAGUACAUGCACCGCGCGGUUGCAUAGGAGGCCGCGUAACGACAUGUCGGAGUACAAGUGCGAAAAUGGCAAGCCUCCUGUCUACGUCCCGCACAAGCCCGUUACGGGAGUAAUAGGAGCUUCCUUCAGUGUGGUUUCCAUCAUGGUGGCCAAUAUCUUGAGGCUCUUUAAGAUCCCGCAAUUAAGCUACGCCUCGACGAGUACCGAACUAUCGGACAAGACUCGCUUCGAGUAUUUCAGCAGAGUCGUACCUCCGGAUAAUUUCCAAGCCCAGGCUAUGGUGGAGGUGAUUCACCUUCUGGGAUGGAAAUACGUGUCCACGGUGGCGGUCGAGGGCGAUUACGGCGAAAAGGGCAUCGCGAGUUUCAUCGCCCUUUCGAUGGAGUACAACAUUUGCGUGGCGGUGAGCGAAAAGAUCCUGAGGAACGCAAGAGCCGAAGACUUCGACCGCAUAGUGGAACGCCUCAGCACGAAACACAACGCCAGGGUGGUGGUACUCUUCGUGGACGAGGACAACAUCCGGAAGCUCCUGCAGGCGACCGUGAGAGCCAAUCGAACCGGCCACUUCUUAUGGGUCGGCAGCGAUUCCUGGGGAGCCAAAGUGUAUCCUGUCAGGGACCAGGAAUUCGCCGCCGAGGGAGCCAUUACGAUCCUGCCCUUCCGAAAUGUCCUGGAAGGCUUCGAUAGGUACUACAAUAAUCUUCGUCCACGACUGGGCGAGGAGUGCGGCGACCAGGCGGAAAAAAAUGUGCCGCACGAGAAGUUGGACGGGAAGAUGGUCAAUUGCCGGAAUAUCUGGUUCAGGGAGUUCUGGUCGCAGCAUCACAAGUGCAGCUUCGGCCCCGUCAUUCCUCCAGGGGUGAAGCGCUGCACCGGGGAGGAGAACCUGAACGACUACGAGCAGGAAGGACUCGUUCCUUUCGUCGUCGACGCAGUCUACGCAAUGGCCCACGCGGUCCACAACAUCAUCGAGGACGAGUGCGUGGAAACGCAGGACGCGAUGCACUUCCUGUGCGACUCCUUGAAGCCGGCCCCCCAGGGGCAAAACCUGCUGCAUUACAUUCGAAACGUCAGCUUCGUUGGUCGGCAAGGGACGGAGAUCAAGUUCAACGCCGACGGGGAUGCGUACGGUUUUUACAACAUUUAUCAAUAUCAGCAGAACGGGGAUGGCCGCUUCGAUUACGCCCUGAUUGGAAACUGGAAAGAGACUCUGGAGCUCGAUAUAAAUAUGACGAAGUGGACCGUUGGCCCGGGAGAGGCUCACAUACCCCGCAGUACGUGCAGCGACAAUUGCCCACUGGGUCAUGUACGGAAUUUUCAGGAAGCCUGCUGCUGGAGUUGCGUCGCCUGUCGAGAAGAUGCAUACGUCUUCAACGACACCUGUCGUAGUUGCGACCCUGGCUAUGCACCUGACGAGACCAAAAGCAGGUGCAUCAAGCUAGCUGCGGAAGUCAUUCCCUGGACCAGUCCUUGGGCCGUAGUUCCUCUGACUUUCGCCUCCAUCGGGAUCCUCAGCACCCUCUUCACAACGGCCGUAUUCAUUCGCUUCAACCGAACUCCCGUCAUCAUGGCGUCCGGACGGGAGCUCUGCUACGUCCUCCUGGUCGGGAUCCUCUCCUGCUACGGCAUGAGUUUUGUGAUCCUCAGCAAACCCACCACCUGGAACUGCACCUAUUUGCGGAUAGGAUUGGGACUCUGUUUGAGCAUCUGCUACAGUGCCAUCCUGACGAAGACUAAUCGCAUAUCGCGAAUAUUCAAUCAAGGGGUUAAGACCAUCAAGAGACCCUCCUACACGUCCCCAAAGAGCCAGGUGGCCAUCGCUAUUGGGAUCACUGCAGUUCAGUUGGUGGGAGCUAUAGCUUGGCUAAUAAUCGAACCACCGGACACGAAGGAGAUCCACCCUUAUCCGCUGACGGCAGUCCUGACUUGCCGGGUGUCGACCUUCUCCCUGAUGAUGUCGCUCGUCUACAACAUGAUCCUGAUCCUCAUGUGUACCCUGUACGCGUUCAAGACGCGGAAGAUACCGGAGAACUUCAACGAGGCGAAGUACAUCGGCUUCACCAUGUACUCGACCUGCAUCGUGUGGCUGGCCUUUGUGCCGAUCUACUUCGGCACCAACAACGACUACAAAAUACAGAUCGCCAGCAUGUGCAUGUGCAUCAACAUCUCGGCGACCGUCGCCCUCGGUUGUCUGUUCACCCCGAAGGUCUACCUGGUGCUCUUUCAGCCGUACAAGAACGUCAGGCCAGGCCACCCGAAUAAAUGUCGCCAGAGCCGAUGUGGUAACCGGCCUGGAUACAGCAUGCGGUUCUCGGGGCCGAGGAGUCAGACGAUGCAGAGCGUGACCUCGGGUUCGAGGAGCAGCCCGACCCGGGCGGGUCGCGGUGAACCCAAGCACGCGAACGGCGAACCGCACUCGACGGCGGCCAGCCCCUCCGUCGAGGAGACCUCCGUCAGCUAG